CUUAUUAUGUCUUUGGUAAUUUGCCACCUGACAGCGAGAUAAAAGUAGUUACCAUUUUUUUUUUCAAAUAAACCUGAUUUAAAAAAAAAAAGAAAAAGAAAAAGAAAAAGUCGACAUCAUCCUCAUCUUAAAACUUAAAAACCCUUCUCCAAAACCGCCGUCACUGGACUGAGUGAGGGUGUAAGUGCACUGGACAGAGUGAGUCUGUCAAACUGUGCCCUAACUGCCGACCCGAAUCACUCUGUGAAGGUGGCGAUGUCAAACGGCGCGAUCCUUCUCGACGAGCUCAUGAUUGACAUACUGUCUCGACUCCCCGCGAAGUCUCUCUGCCGAUUCAAAUGCGUAUCGAAGUCAUGGUUUGCCCUAAUCUCAAGCCCUCAUUUCGCCAAAACACACCUCAAUCGGAGCAACAACAACAAAUGCGAGAAAGUCUUACUAAGUUCUGAUUCACUUGACUCACUUUACUCCAUUGACUGCACUGAAACAUCCAUUAACGAUGAUGUGAUUGCAACCAAGCUUGAUUUCCCCAAGAUCGAACACCCAGACUUGUUGAACUAUAUCUUGGCUUCUUGCAACGGUUUGGUUCUAGUUAGCGACGAAGACUACACCAAGUUUUUGUUGAAUCCAUCAACUGGAGAGUCAAAGAAAUUACCCAACUUCCUUUUUGUUGUCGAUUCAUCUCCUUUGUGCUGCAUGUAUGGAAUUGGGUACGAUUCAGCUGCAGAUAAUUACAAGGUUGUAGCAGUUUCCUACUAUGCUAAAAAUUCUGAUAAUGAUGAUGAUUAUGAUUAUGAUUAUGAUGAUGAUGAUAUUGAUGAUUGUGAUGAUGAUUAUGAUUAUGGUGGUGAUGAUGAUGAUUAUAUUGAUAAUUGUGAUGAUGAUUAUGAUUAUGGUGAAAAUGAAUCACAUUUGUCUUUCCCAAAAACAGUAAAGCCUAUUGUUCUGAUACAUUUGAGGACUCAAGAUUUUCCUUACAAUAAUUCCCCUCUCAUGCCUCACUCAGCUGUUUUUGUGAAUGGGUCUAUACAUUGGCUAACUUUUAAGUGUUCAGAUAAGUCACUUGUGAUUGCUGCUUUUGAUGUAUCAGAAGAAAAAUUUCGAGAUAUUUUGGCACCGAGCUCAUUUGAAGAGUGUAAUAUAUCUAGUGAUUUGGGGGUUCUUGGAGGGUGUCUCUGUAAGCUUGUAUGUGAUAGUGAUAGCCAGGCUGAUCUUUGGGUGAUGAAGGAGUACGGGGUGACCGAGUCUUGGACCAAAUUUACAAUCUCUUUACCUACGUACAAUGUGGAACCCUUGUGUUUACUGCCAGAUAGGGAAGUUCUGUUGGAAAUGGAUGGGGACAAAUUAGUUGCAUACAACGCAAAAGAGAAGAGAUUGAGGUACAUAAUGGUGCAUGGCAUGCCAACUACGUUUGAUGCAGUAAUGUCAUAUGUGGAGAGCAUUGUCUCACCCUAUUACCACUGGAUUGAGAGAAAAUUUAAAAAGGGUGAAAACUCAAGAGGGUCAUCAACCAUACAGGCAACCUAAGAUAGCUUUAAGUCUGCCUAAUGGGGAAAGAUGGUCUUUAUCAAGUUGGAUGUUGGAGACUCCUCAAGACUGCAUAGUUAGACUGUUAAUGUGGCUCAGAUUGAUAGCGAAAACAUGCCUACUCACUAGUGUAGCUAUCCUUUGUCAUUCUCUUGUUCAUUUCCCUUUGAAGACUGACUAGUAUCCUCUUCUCUGUAUAUUGUUUGAUUAUAUUUAUGGUUUUAUUUUCCCUGCAUUUUGAAAAAAGAAGAUGAUGUUCAAAAAUUGGA